UACUUCCCCUUUUCCCAACUUGACGUCACUUCCCAUUUCCCCAACUUGACGCCACUCCCCCCUUUCCCAACUUGACGCUUCAUUUGCUGUUUGGAAGUGUUUCAGUGCUGUGGUGUUUGUUUGGCCACUUUCGUGUUGCAGUGGGAUGUAAACAAGGAACGUGCAAGGGAUCGUGAUGGGAUUGCAGCGAUCAUUACUCAUCAUUCUUGUGGGGGCAGCAAUCACUCUGGCAGCAGCAAACAAUGACACCAGAAUCUGUCAGGUGGCUCCUCACUGGGAGAUUGGAAACCAAAGUCCAAUGGAGCAGCUGUCUGGGCAACUGGUUGUGGUGGCCCUUCUCAAAGCAAGCUGACAGUUCUGCCUAACGCAGGCUGCUAAAUUAGGCAUUUUGCGUGACAAGCUUUCCCUUCAAGGCUUGAAGAAUAUACAUUAUAUUAUCGUGAAUGAGAAAACACUUGAAUCCAGGGCCAUGUAUUGGAAACUCAAACUGAAAACUCCCAAGAAUAUCACUGUUUAUCAGCAAUCAGCGUUUCAACCUGAUGUUUGGCGCAUCCUGAGGGGGAACAAGGAUGACUUCCUCAUCUAUGAUAGAUGUGGCAAAUUGACCUUUCAUAUCACAUCUCCAUACAGCUACCUUAACUUUCGCUAUGUUGAAGCGGCAAUCAUGGCUACAUAUAACACAGAUUACUGUGGGAACUGCAUGGGCAGCAGUACCACUCUGGAGGCGACCAGCUACAUCUCAACUGGACCCAACUGGGAAUAUUCUCAACAUCAUUCCAGGAGCUUGAAAUAAAGAUAUUUUAAGAUUGGAGAAUAAUGGAAAAAGUUUCCUUCACAAAUAAGAGCCAAAUGUCAAUAUUGAUCCCUAUGCUGCAAGUAAGAAUUCCUUUCUUUCGUUUUGGGACAUAUGACAAUAAAAUACUCAUAUUGAUGUAAGGAUGCUAGUUUGACAUUUGCUAUCUUGAGGUAAUAUUGUUUUUAUUUGAGGAUGAAUAUAUAUAAUAUCACAUCUUUUUAAUCCCAUUCAUUCUGAUAAUCUGCACAUGACUGCAGUCUAAUCUGGCAUUAAUGAUGAGUAUUGAUAGUGAAAUCAUGAUGAAAGUAAAUUACUACCCCAGUUAACUAACGGGGGAACUUUUGUGGCCCCUUUAAUCCACCCCACUGCCCCCCCACCUCAUUGAUCCAAAGCAUGUAUCAAUCCAGCUGUUCUUAUGAAUAUAGGAAAACAAGUGAUCUAGUCACCAUGAUCUCACCUGAAUCCUGUGUUCUUUUGCAUCUCCUACAUGGAGAUAUAUGUGGGGUACCAAGAAUAAGCUAAAUUGGGACAUUCCUUGUUAUCCACAAAGAUAGUAGAAUGUUUAUUGUGGGAAGGGAAGAUGAGGAGGAAUGUUGGAUUAUUACCUUCACAGAGAUGCUCUAUGUUAAAUAUUAAUAUUUUGAUUUGGCUUUUGAUGUAUUAUUCAGUAGAACCUAUUUCUAUGGUGUUCUUGUGCUCAAUGAUGUCUAAGGUUCAAGCUAGGUACUAGUAGCUAUAGACUGACCACUGCACAGAAAACUUAAAGGAAAAGUUUUUAACUGAUUUGUACAGAUUGUCACCACCAUUCCGAUCAUAAGACGAGAAGAUUUUUUUAAAUGGGCAUUAGGCCCCGAGUUUAUUCUGCCAUUGAGUAAGAUCAUGACUGAUCCAACUUUCCUUGUCCGUCUUCUCUACCACACCCUUGAUUCUCCUCCUGAUUAAAACAAGUUAUCUAUGUCAGCUUUGAAUAUAUUCGAUUCGGCCUCCAUAGCAUUCUGGGGCAAACAAUUCCGAAGACACUCAAACCUUUGAGAUAAAAUCUCUUUCUGCAUUUAUUACUUCCUCCCUGAUUCCCUGAAGUCUUAGAUUAUAUCAUGUAGCCAACAAUUAUCUAGCAUUUACCUUGUCAACUUCUCUAAGACUCUUGUAUGUUUCAAUAAGAACAUCUCUCAUUCUUCUCGGCUUCAAUGAAUGCUGACCUUUCUUCCUAACACAUCCCUCCAUACACAGGAUGUACUCGAAGAACAUCCCUUUAUGAAAUUGACUCAAUCAAGGGUUCAAAAGGGUAUUUGGUAUGUGCUUUGCGGAAAAAUAACUUGCAAAGCAAAGGAGAAAGAGUAUGACAAUGGGGUUCAGCAGUAUUUUCAAUAAGGAGCCAGGUGGGUUAUGUAGCCUCUUCUUGUAUCACAGUAGUUUUGGGAAAUGGUACAGCAUCCUUGUGAUUUGCCCAAGAUCAAUUGAAUGGAGUCAGAUAUUGAAUUUACAGCAUUAGUGCUUUGCCAACAAUAUUUCCCUCUAGUCCAUUGCAUCUGAUGGAAGUAACUUGGUGUUUAACAAGGAUUCCAUCCGUUGCUACCAAUGCUUCUGUUCUUCAACUUCAUUUGGGGAUUUUGUAUGCACAUGAAUAUCUAGCAACUCAGGUAGUUUCCAUCCUUUGGACAUUUUUUUCAUCCCAAUUGUUACCUUGCUUUGAUUUGCAUAACUGAAACUCUUGGAAACUGGAAGGAAGUGCCCUUUUGGCCUAAUGCAUAAGGAAUCCGACGUUAGUGUUUGAUGUCACAUCAUCAGAAGAUUGCAGGUUGGAGUCCUGUCACGGUCAUUAGUGGCAGCACAGUGGCACGGCUGGUAGAGCAGCAAACUCUCAGCACCAGUAACCCAUAUUUGAUCCUGACCUCUGGUGCCGUCUGUGUGGAAUUUGCAUGUUCUCCCUUGUGUGCUUCCUCCAGGUGUUCCCACAUUCCAAAGACAGUCAAUCCCAAAUUAUUGACUUCUUUAAAUUGCCCCAAACGUAGGGAAUGGAUGAAAAAGUGGGGUAAUAUAGAAAAGUGUGAACAGGUGAUCGAUGAUCGCGUGUGCUUGGUGGACCCAUGGGCCUGUUUCCAUGCUCUAUCUCUAAACUACUCUCUUUCAAUCUGCAUGUUGUCAGGUGUGUGUGGUAUUUGUGUUUACUUAUUCGGUGCUGUUACUAAUUUUAGUUUGUUUCAUGUUUCCAACAUCUGCAUUUUUUUGCCUUUUUAUUAUGUAAAAUUUAUCUCAAUGAAAAAUGUAAUUAUCUUUUUAAUAACCUAAACUGGUGAUCAAUAAAUAGCUAUUGAAAUUGAA